UUUUGACACUCGCUCCCCAGCACCAACCUCUGUCUUUCUUUCUUUCUUUUAAAGAUCAAUCACAUCAAUCAAGAUGGCCGGCCUCAGUCCUCAGAUCGUCAACGUGGUGAUCAUACUGGGUAUGAUGCAGGUGUCCAAGAAGGUCCCCUUUGACGACCCCAACGUUCUCAACGGUGUCCGCGGCCUCUACAUCCUCAGCAACCUGAUCAUCCUGGGCGUCUACUACUUCAUCAAGACCAAGAUUGACAAGAAGAAGGACAUGACCACCCUCAAGUACGUCGAGCCGGCCCCCAUGGGCUCCUCAGAGGAGCCCAAACUGGUGACGACCACGAUCCACGCAUACGAUACGGCGCAGCUCAAGCAGCUCUUCCGGUCCCAGAUGAUGGGAGUGGGCAUGAUGGCCGUCAUGCACCUGUACUUCAAGUACACCAACCCGCUGCUGAUCCAGAGCAUCAUCCCCCUCAAGGGCGCUUUCGAGAACAACCUCUUCAAGAUCCACGUGCUCGGCCAGCCCGCCUCAGGCGACCUCAAGAGGCCCUUCAAGGCCUCCGGUGGCUUUAUGAGCGGCAUGCAGGGUCCUCCCGAGAGCGACCGCAAGGCUGUUGAGGCUGCCGAGAGGUCCGGUCGCGGCGGCGCCAAGGAGGAGUAAAUCAGGCAGCGCGCAGGAGCUAGGACCAACAAUGAAGGUGCAGCAUCGGGUCUGUGGGACCUGAACUCCACCUUAAAGCUACGGGCACCGGAUGGCACGUCUUCCAGGAGGGCUCGAAUUGCAAGCCUUUGCGCAACGGGUCAUGCUGGGAAAUCUAGUGCCGCUGCUGCGAGAGGAGCGCCAUGUCAUGCGCUGAUCUGUUUGGAAUUAAUGCCAGGAUCGUACAAUAUACAAUGUCAUUAAUAAAAAGAAAUCACAUUGAUUCCAG